CCUUAUGUGAUGCCAAUUUUUCAAAGCAAACGACUUUUUGUUGUACCAUUAGAAGUGCGUCUUUUCGCCCUCCUUCAAGGGAAAACGAACCAAAAAUGGAUGCGUCACUGCCCGAGAUCACCAGCCAAGGCGACGAAACCCGACAACCCUCGUGGAAGCGUAACCUGGGUCGGCAACUAGCUGAGGUGGAAGCUCUGAAGUCAAUAUAUGGAGCAGAUGGGGAAUUUGAAUUUGAUGAAGGGGUUGAUGAAAUUCUUAAGAACCAUGCAGAAUCGGUUGCAGACUCAAUUCUUGGUGAACUUCACAUCUCAUUCACAAUCCAUUUACUAGCAAUCAAAAUUGGUGGGAGUCACAUUAGUGCAAGGUUUUACAUGCCUCGUGGAUAUCCUGAAGUUGAACCUUUAAGGGUUACCAUCCAAUGUGGAGGGGUUUCUAGAUACUGCUAUGAAAUGUUAGAGAAUGGUGUUAGAGAUGUAGCCCUUAAGUUGAUUGGUGAAGAAGCUGGAUUUCAAGUUCUUCAACUCAUUCAGGAAAAUGCUGAAGUUGUAGCUGAUCAAAUUUCUCAAGAUCUUCUCAAAAAAGAGAUUGUGCCAGGAAAAUCUUUGAAUAGGCCAAUCUAUGUCAAACGGGUCUUGAUCUGGUUUCAUCAUGUAAAGUCUGUCCAGAAACGUAAGUCAAUAAUUGAAUGGAGCAAAGAUAUGACUAUCGGAGGCUUCUUAAAAUCCGGAUUUCCAGGCAUUCUCUUGGUUGAGGGAGAGAGAUCUGCUAUUGAUGCAUAUGUUAAACAAAUACAAAGCUUGCACUGGCAAGCAAUGUGCGUUAGGGCAGAAGAAGAGGAAGAGGUUCAAAAUUCAUCAGAAAUUGAAAAUUUUAGGUGUCUCCCACAUGCAGAGGUGCAAGAGUUAGAAGAACUGGGUGGAAUGUCGGAGCUUGGUCGUCGCAGUAAGGAAGCAAAUUUGGAACAUCUAUUUCUCAGUUCUCUUAAGAUAAGCAGAUGACUCAGGAGUUUGAAGUAUUGUUAGCAAGUUGGGAACUUAAGAUGUUCUUUGAAUUCGGCACAUCAAUAUGCCAUGUCAGUAUUGGUUGUACUUCUAUCUGGUUAGCAGAACUUUGCAUUCUGAGUUGUCGUGGAGGUGCUUCUGUGUUUACUGCUGCCAGCAUUUGUUGAUGGUUUUAACACCAACUUCAGGAUUCUUACAUAUAAUGAAUAUUCAGUUUGUCAUGCAAAAUCAAUCACCGCUAGGAAGUAGAAGCUGGGGUCGUUGCAGCUAAAUGGAGUUCAAGAAUCAUAGUGUUUUGUGGUAAAAGCAUUCCCGAUGGGAAUUACAAUCAAUGUUACACUUUCCCUUCAUUAGACUGGUGAGCAAAAGCUGUAUUGUAAUGCUCAACAUUAAGACUGUCAAUCAGUUUUCUGGUUGAUUGCCUAGUGAGCGAAAAUUACUUGGAUAGCUACCACUUAUCAAACUGUAUUCCACGAGUACGAUCAAAUUUCUCUAAAUGGCAAGUUAUGGCAUCAUGUA